AUGAGUAGGAGGAAUGGAAAUGGUCCCAAACUUGACUUGAGGUUGAAUUUAUCACCACCAAGGGCGAUGAACCAUCACAACCACCAUGACCAGCACCAACACCACAUUGAUCAGCAUCCAAUAAGGAUGCAAGAGUCGUCACCUAACAGGUCAAUGACAUCAUCACCAACAAGCUCAUGCGUGUCAUCAGAUGAUUCGCCUUCCCAUCAACGCCACGUCAGCAGCCCGGAAACCACAACAUCCAUGGUGUUGGUGGGCUGUCCAAGGUGCUUGAUGUAUGUCAUGCUAGCUGAGGGUGAACCAAAAUGCCCCAAAUGCAAGACCACUUGUUUGCUUGAUGUUGUGUGUGAGUCCAAAAAUACAAGUACUAGGAGGAGGCGCACUUAG